GGCGAGGGUGACAGACGGGAGCGAAUUGGACGGCAGAGGGGGCGGUUCCAGGUUUUUCCCACCCCCCCUCACCCUCCGCCUGCGCCGCGGCGGCUGCUGCUGCGUCGGGUAUCAGAGGCACCGGUGGUGCUAGCCUGUGGGAGCCAUGUACAAUGGGAUAGGACUCCCCACUCCCCGGGGCAGUGGUACCAACGGUUACGUGCAGCGCAACCUUUCAGCUGUGCGCCACAAGAAGGAUCGUACUGACUACAAGUCAGAAGAGGAGCUGAGGAAGCUGGAGUCCUCUCUGGUUAAAAAACCCAACCAGGAUAUCCUGGACCACGAGCGCAAGCGGAAGGUUGAGCUGAAAUGCUUAGAGUUGGCUGAGCUCAUGGAAGAGCAGGGGUAUGGAGAAGGGGAGAUUCAAGAGAAGGUAGCCACUUUUCGAAUGAUGCUUCUAGAGAAGGAUGUAGCAGUGGUUAAGGAGGGGGAACAGCAGCAGAAGCCUAAUGUCACAGAGACUCAUCAGCUGGCUGAGGCUAAUGAGAAGAAGAAUGAAAGGCUCCGAGCUGCCUUUGGAAUUAGUGACAGCUAUGUGGAUGGCAGCUCUUUUGACCCGAAUCGCAGGGCUAAGGAGGCAGCAGUGGCAGCAGCGGCCAAGCAACAGCAGGAGCAGCAAAAGCAAUAUAGUCUGGUCAAAGAGUCCAGCAGCUCCCGCUCACCAUCUCCGAAACAGAAGAAGAAGAAAAAGAAGAAAGACAGAGGCAGGUCUGAGAGCCGAUCACCUUCUCGAAGAGAGAGAAAGAAAAGCUCAAAGAAAAAGAAACACAGGUCAGAGUCAAAGAAAAGGAAGCACAGGUCUCCAAGUCCCAAGAGCAAACACAAAUCCAAGGAAAAGAAAAGGAAGAGGUCCACCAGUGAGUCUGCAUCUCAGAAAGGCCGCCGGGACCGCUCUUCCUCCCCUGAUGGGUCUUCCUCAUCAGACGCUUCUCUCAGCAGAUCAGGCAGUAUCACUAUGCAGAAAAGAGCCCCCUUAAGACAUCAGAGCAAGUCUCCCUCAGCUUCACGAAAACAAGGAGAAACUGAUGUGCCAGAGAGAGAACGUUCAUCUUCAACUGAGCCUGCCCGGCGUGGCAGGAGCCCAAGUCCUCGGGAAAGCAGAGAAAAAAAAAUCUCAUCCAAGCGUUCUCUCUUACGUGAGACCUGUCAGCGAUCUCCUAGUCCUUUAUCUCCUGUAAAGGAAAUGGAACGGGACAAGGAGAGGAAGUCUACGCGACAUAGCGGUAGAAAAUCCUCAUUUGAGCGGGAUUCUAGGCUCAAGCAUCGCUCCCCAGAACCGAAUGAUCUUCCUCGGGAAAAAUCUGUAGGGCACAAACGUCCCUCCUCUAAGGAGAACAGAUCUUCUGCUUCUGUCUCCCCACCCCCUAAAAAGCAAACAGAGGAUCGUAAUGGGACUCUUGCACCAUCCAAGACUAAGAUAUCUCCUGAUGAGGAGAAGCCAGCAUCUUCCUCCUCUCCUGUUUCUAAGACAACAGAGAAUAAGUCAAGGAAGUUGUCCCAUGACAGCUCUCCACAGAGGCGCUCCCGUUCUCCUUCAGAGAGUGGUAGCUGCUCUUCCUCUUCUUCCUCUUCUCCUUCUCCAGGAAGUAAGCCAGCUGUAGUUUCUCGCAGCUCUUCCCCAGAGGAGCCCCCGAAAAGGCAAGAGAAAGAAAAAGUCUCUAUACGUAGAGAGAGAUCUAGCUCAUCUCCUGAAGUCUCCCACUCUGGACAAAAGCAAUCUUCUAAGGCCACAUCUCGACGUGACUUGUCGAGCACCCCUCCAACCAGGGGCACCAGGUCAAGAGCCAGUCGCAGGGAUAAAUCCCUCUCACCAACACCUGUUGUUCGCAGAGGCAGAUCUCGGUCUCGCACCCCACCUAGAAGAGGCAGAUCACGCACACGCACACCGCCAAGGAGGGGGAGAUCUCGCUCUACUCAGAGACGUGCCCGAUCUCGUUCACGCACUCCACUAAGAAGAGCCCGUUCUCGCAGUCCACAGUGGCGAGGCCGAUCAAGAACGCCACAGCGGUGGGGCAGGUCACGCUCACGAACUCCCCCUAGAUGGGGCCGGUCUCGUACACCUCAGAGACGUGGCUGGUCGCGUUCUAGAACCCCCCAAAGGCAUGGCUGGUCUAGGAGCAGAAAUAGUGGCAGAUGGGGAAGAUCAAGGACACCACCAAGAAGGGGAAGGUCACGUUCAAGAACCCCACCAAGAAGAGGCAGGUCUAGAUCUAGAACACCACCACGCCGAGCAAGGUCCCGGUCAAGAACUCAAACUAGAAGAGGCAGAUCUAGAACCAGAACCCCUCCCAGGAGAGGGAGAUCAAGCUCUUCACCAAGAAGGGAGAAGUCCUUGAUUUCAGCAAGGAGAAGUAGGUCUGUAUCAUCUCCAGAUCGGAAGACCUCCAGAAUUUCUUCACGGAGAAGCCGCUCUGAUUCUUCUCCCAGAGUGAGAGAGAGGGUGCAAAAACCAUUGAGACGUAGCCGUUCUGGAUCAUCUCCUGAAUCAAGAAGCAGAAUACGUGUAUCUCCUAGGCGCAGUCGAUCUGGUUCUUUGCCAAAGUCAAAAAAGAAAUCACAGUUGUCUCCUAGGAGGAGUCAUUCAGGCUCAUCUCCAAGAUCUAGGAAGAAAAAGUCACAGACGCCUCCACGGCGCAGUCGCUCUAGUUCUUCUCCACGGCUGAAAAGGAAAUCCAGAUUAUCUCCAAGACGAAGUAGGUCUCGUUCUUUUCCAACCCCCAAAAAGAAAUCCAGAUCACCUGCGAGGCAUAGCCAGUCCAGGACACCUCCAGUAGUGAAAAAUAAGUCCAGAGUGUCCUCAAGGAGUAGAUCCAGCUCGUUGCAGAGACUUGCAAACAGGACUGAGGUCUCAUCAGGAAUGGAAGAAAAAUCUAAAAUGGCCUCUAGAAGAAGUCGAUCUGGUUCAUCUCCAGCAUCAAGGAGGAAAUCUAACUCCCCUGCAAGAGGUAGCACAUCUGGGUCUUCCCCAGAGGUUGAAGACAGAUUGUCGAGAAGGCGAAGCAGAUCUGAAUCUUCUCCAGAAGUGAAAACAAAGUCAAGGUCAUCCCCGGGGCCCAAAAAGGAACUGAGGUCACCUUCACGGCGAAGCCACUCUAGUUCUUCUCAAUCAUCAACAAAAGAAAACUCCUUAACACCUCCAAGACGAGCAGCCUCUCCAGAACGGAAGUCCAUAUCUCCACUGCAGCGAAGCAGAUCUGGGAGAUCUGUAGCUAUGAAAGAAAAAACUAGAUCACCACAACUGAGGCAGAGCAGGUCUGUAUCACCUCCAGCACUAAGAGAGCAGUCUGUUUCUCCCCCAAGACGAACUGCAUCUGGAGCUUCAGAGAUAAAGAAAAAAUCUACUUCACCGGUUGAGAAAUGCAAAAUUGACUCUCUUGAGUUGAAGAAGACCAAAUCACCACCAAGGCGAAGCAGGUCUGGCUCUUCACCAUCAGUAAAAGAGCAGCCUAGAUCAUCUCCCAGGGGUAAGUCCAGAUACUCUCCUGAAUUGAAGACAUCUCCAUCACCUCUAAAACAGGUCAAGUCUGGGCUUUCUCCUCCAGCUGCAAAAGAAAAGUCUACGUCACCAGCUAGGAGAAGUGGGUCCAGAUCAUCUCCUGAAUUUAAUGGCAAACCUAAAUCUCCCCCAAAUCAGAAGUACCAACAAAUGAAGGCAAAAUCAAGAUCACCUCCAAGGCACAACAAAUCUGGAUCUUCAUUAGAAAUGGAAAGAACAACACCCCCCUGCCAGAAAAGUAAAUCUGGUUCAUCUCUUUCUGGAAAAGAGAAAUCUCAGUCUCCUGCAAGGCAAAGCCAGCUUGGGUCAUCUGCAGUGCAUAAGAAGUCAGAGAGUCCAUUAAGGCGAAGCAGAUCUGGAUCUUCCUCUUCCUCCUCCUCUUCCUCCUCGUCUUCCUCUUCCUCCUCUUCCUCUUCUUCGUCAUCUUCUCCAGAGGAGGAUAAAUCUCAGUCACCCCCACGAUUGAGCCGCUCUGCUACAUUGUCAGUCAACAAAAGCAAACCUGCAGCAUCCCCAGAACACAGUCGGUCGGAUUCCUCUCCAGAACCAGAGAAUUGCACAUCUGCAAUUGCAAAGCACAACAGACCUGGAGCUUCUCCAGAAACAAGAGAGGUUGCAAGACCUGCAGUGAUGGGGCCAAGAUUACCUUUGGAGAAAAGAGAGAUAUCCAGAGAUGCUCCUCAGAGGAGCCGAUCAGGAUUGUACGCUGGGAUUAAAGAAAAACCUGGAAGCCACUCCAGUGAGAGCAGUUCAGAGUCCUCCCCAGAACGAAAAGAGAAAUCUGUAAGCCGUUCUGUAUCACCGCAAAGACCUGUAAAAUCAAGAACACCUCCAAGAUGCAGAACAUCAAAGUCACCACCUAGAUCUAGAGCAAAAUCUAGAACACCACCAAAGCGUGGAAGGUCUGGCUCACCCUUACGAUCCAGGAUGAAGUCCAGAACACCUUCAAGACGGCGUAGAUCUGGAUCUUCUCCAAGGCCCCGAAUGAAGUCUCGAACUCCUCCAAGGCAACGUAGGUCUGGAUCAUCCCCAAGGCCUCGAAUUAGGUCCAGGACUCCACCUCGGCGGCGGCGGCGAUCUGGAUCAUCUCCAAGAUCCAGAAUGAAAUCUAGAACUCCUCCCCGAAGACGCAGAUCUGGAUCAUCUCCACGGCUCAGAGAUAAAUCUAGAACACCAAUUACAAGAAGGAGGAGAUCUAUAUCACCAGUGAGUCCUAGACGGAAAUCGCGAACACCUGGGAGGCGUGGAAGAUCUAGAUCACUCUCUAGAGAGAAGUCAAACACCAGCAUGUGUCCACAUAGAUCUAAAUCGUCAUCCCAUUCUGACAGACCUAGAGGUUUUUCACGACGGGGCAGAUCUGGCUCUCCUUCACGGAGGAGCCGCUCCCGUUCACUCUCAAGGCGACGGGACAAAUCCAGGGGAUCACUACGGAGGGAAAGGUCCAUUUCUUCCCCAGGCCGAAGCCGUUCAAGAUCCGGUUCUCGUCAGGACAAAUCAGAUUUUCUGCGGAAAGGUGAACGCUCUGUCUCCUCACCUCGCAGAGGUCAUUCCCAAUCACCAGCACGGAGAGAGAUGUCAAGGCUGUCCCCACAGAGGUCUGCCAGCAGUCGGAAUGCAUCUCGUUCCCCUCCCAGGUUAGAUGCAUCACGUGUCACAGCAACUUACAAAGGCACUGGGUCUAGAGUGUCCCCUGACUUUCAGGCAUCACCUGUGAGGAAGAAUUCCAGGUCAGGCUCCCAGGAAAUGUGCUCCUCUCCAGGAAGGAAAUCCCGUUCUCCACCUGUGCUGGAGAAAUACCCUAAGUCUGACAUCCAGGAAAAGCCCACAGUCUCUUCACUCUGGCAUAGCAAAAGCAACAUUGCUAUUUCUCGUACUCCAAGCCCACCUUGCAGCGACUCACCCAGAGCACAAAAGAUCCUGUCUCCUGCCCCAUCCAUGCUGCAGGAGUCUCCUGCUUUGAAGAAUGGUGGUUCUGGGGUCAUCCGAGACAGCCCAGGAGAUAAGAGUCAGGUCACACAACCUGCCAUAGUUAGGGGAGAAACAACUGCUGGUGGACCUCUGCUGCCUGGAAGAAGCAGUUCUCAUACAGGUUCCCCUUCUAUGAAAGUGAGGUCAUUGUCUCCUCCGUCCUCCUCCUCUGCUUCCUCCAGCCCCUUGCCAGCCCUGGUUUCUGUGCUAGUCCCAGUCUCCAAAGAAGAGGAGUCUGUCUGUGAAGGAAAGGUAGUGGACAGGUCUGAAGGGCGUCUCCCGACUCUCGAGUCUGAACCGCAGGUAGCUCCUGUCACCAUGGAGGAGAAUGCCAGGAGCAGUUGUUCCACCGCCUCACAACUAGUUCCCCCUUCCCCACCGCCUUCUGCCCCCACAAAGGCAAAGAGAAGUUCCUCUGCUUCGUCCACUACUUCGUCCUCCUCCUCCUCGUCCUCAACAUCCUCCUCCUCUUCAUCUUCUGAUUCGGAAUCCAGCUCGUCUGAGUCUACCCCUCAUGAUCAGCCAGCAAAGGACCUUGAGACUGAGAGUGUACAAAAACAGCCACCAAGUCCAGUACUGAAAGAGGCGAACCGUGAAGAGCAGCCUCUGGAAGUAGUUAAGAGGAAGCGCCAUUCUCGGAGCUCCAGCAGUUCCAGCAGCAGCUCUUCCUCCUCUUCAUCCUCUUCUUCAUCGUCAUCUUCUUCAUCGUCUUCUGCCUCUUCCUCUUCCUCCUCCUCCUCUUCUUCAUCGUCAUCUUCUUCAUCAUCUUCUGCCUCUUCCUCUUCCUCGUCCUCCUCUUCUUCAGCAUCCUUACCGAAGACUGGACCCCAGGCCACAGUCAGAGUCGCUCCCAAAAAGAAACCAUCUCCAGAGAAGAGGAAGUCACGCAGUCCCCGCAAACCUAUCGACUCUUUGCGUGAUUCACGCUCCCUCAGCUACUCCCCAGCAGAGAGGCGCCGGGUUUCCCCUCCAGUCCAGACUCACUCAACUUCUAGGGACCGACGCCGGGACAGGUCCAGGGACAGAUCCUUGCAGAGAAACAGACGAAGUAUCAGCAGAUCACCGGAACGGAAACGGCGACGCAAUUCCCCCAGCUCCCGAGCUCCCCGUCGCAGAACUUCAAGGUCUCCCUAAGCUGCUUGGAGAGUCUGGAAACCCUUGCCCAUGCAACCACAGACUGCACCACCCCAGCCUCCCACAGUGCUGUCCCAGGUGGGGGCCCCCUGCCUUCUGAUGCCCAUUGGAAACUAAUGUGUUUGCGUGGGAGGGGGUGCUGUUCCUUUGCCAUCAGCUUUUUAUUCUCAUUAGUUUUUUUCCUCCACUGUCCCUGUCUUUAUUGCCCGUCAUUUGUCGGCAGCUACGUUCCCUUCCUCCUUGGACGUUUCUGCUCAGCACCCACCAAGAUCUGAUGUCUCUGCGCUCCACCCCCUCUUCUGACAGUUGGUGACUUUCAUUUGAUUUUUUUGCCCCCUCUCCUGUGAAUGUUUUUUUUCUGUGUGUUUUACAGCUAAAAUCUUCUGUGUUUUGAGAAAGGAGUCUUCUUUUCAUUGAUUUAGACAUAAAAGGUUUUAAAAAAGAAAACACAAAAAGGGGAAGGGUGGGCGGGUGGGGGGAGGGAGAUAAGUGAUAACUGAUCUGUUUGAUUUAGCGUUUCUCAGGCACCCCUCUUGAAAUAGCAGAGGGCUGUAGGAAAAGGGGGAAGGAGUGCAUGAUGGCAAUAGAAAUCUCACAAAAUUCAGUGCGUUGGGGUGGUGGAAAUGCCCUCUGCUGUUCAGUAGCCCUCUUCUGUUGCCACAUGUGAACGUCUGGGCAGAAAGAAAAGAGGUAGUUUCUUUUAGUCGCCUGCAAUGGUGUGGUUGACCUUUGGUGGUGGCAUAAUUGCAGAUUAGAACAUUCCUGCCCCCCUGCAACAAACAAAUUUUAAUAUGCUGUGCUCAUGGCCCUUUUUAUCCCUCCCUCAAAGUAAACUCUUUCGUAUUCAUCAGCUGAGCCAGGUCAGGAGGGAGGUCACGAUAGGGACUGGAAAUUGAGCAGUCAGGCAUUUUAUGGGGAAAGGUGAUGGAAAUUUUGCGGGAAAGAAGCCGAGAAACCCUAAAUCAGGGAGUGAUGGGAACAGAAGUUUCUUCAUAUUUCUUAAAAGCAUUUAAUUUUUUUUGAUAUGUACAGCAAGGAGAUUUUUUCUGUCAAAUAAAAAAAAACUUAAGAAAUCGAA